UAUUUUAGAAAAGUUUCAGAACUCUCGAAACAAACCCAAAAUGCCUACACAGAACCCCGAAGAAAGUGAAUCCCGAACCCCCAUCAGCAAUGGCGGGGCAGAGUACGAGAAACAGAGGCUAUCAAGAAUUGCGGAAAACAGGGCGAGAUUGGAGGCUCUGGGCCUGCCCAAGAUUGCUUCAUCGUUGUGGGGUUCAGCUCAAAAAGUGAGCGACGAGAAGACGAAGAAGAAGAGGAAAGGGAAGGUUAAGGACGAUGGGGAUGACGACGAUGGCGAUAAGGAUUAUAGACCUGAUGAGGUAGAGGAGAGUCUGAGUUUGUCGAACGGGGAGGAAGCAAAUGAGGAUGGUGAUGGUGAUGAUUAUUUAGGUGAAACAUAUUCCGGGUCACGCAGAAAAAAGUUGAAGACUAAAGGUUCAAAACCUAAGAAGAAAGUUCCCGCUCAAAAGUUUUUGAGCAAGCCAGAUUACAAUGAUGAUGACGAUGCAUUAAUGCAGGCCAUUGCUCUUUCACUGCAAGGUUCUGCAGGAAUUUCGGGUGUGGUACAUAGUGGGCCUUCAAAAUGUUCUGAAUUUGAUGCGGUGAAUUCUACUCUUAUUGAAACAAAGGGAGCUAGCCAUGUUCAGGAAGAUGCAGGAAAGAAGAAGAAGAAGAAAUCGCUGUUUUCUAGUCGCCUGCAAAUGACAGAAGAUGAACUGGUCGUGCAUUUCUUUCUGUUUGAUGAUGCAUGGAAAGAGGGCAUAACCAAGAGGGAUAUAGAAAGAGUAGCAAUUGCUCAUGAUUUUAUGUGGACUGAGAAGGAGUUGGCUGAUAUGAUUCAUUGCUUUGAUAGUGAUGGAGAUGGGAAGCUAAGUCUUGAUGAUUUCCGAAGGAUUGUUGGUCGAUGCAACAUGAUAAAAGGGCCUGAAAGUUCUUGACGAGAUUGAAGUCUUAACUUUUAGUUGAACAGAUCAAUUUUGCAGGCAAGUAGGUUUUUCAAGCUCAGCAACACAUCAUACUUUGGAGAAGCAAGUUUUGGACAUUUUAAAGUAACUUCGUAGCUGAGCUUUGCAAGUGUGCCUGAAACAUAUCGCCUUGUGAAUUGGAAAAAGGCUACGUGUCUGUUGCAUUGCUCUUAAGGAGCCGAGGACUUUUCGGAUAUGAGGAAAAAAACCUGCUCCGUUGAACAAUCAUCAAUAAGUUUGUGUGUUUCCCGGAUUUGAUUUCUUUAGCUAGUGUUGUUUCAUUCUGACAAAUGAUUGUUCUAUUUGUCUCACCCUUUCUCGGAUCUGUGACGAUGAUCUAAAUAUACGAAAGUCAGUAGUAGUCAUAUGACAAUGGAUGUUGGAUUUGUCUGAGAA